AUGUGGCUGAAGGAGAGCGAACGAGCUUCGAAACUCGCCGACGAUCUAGACACCUCAGGAGACAGGGCCUUGUCUCCUGGUCGCUGUAGCACUGCCAGCUCCCUCCCUGUAGUCUUGGGUGGGGAGUUGCAGCGAGGAGGCCGUAGUAGCAGCUGCAAACUGCUGCAGCGGCAUCAGCAGCAGCAGCAACACCAGCCAGCCGAUGCGGCGCUGAGCAGCAAUGCUUGCAUCGAGUCUGUGACAGACACGCUCGAUGAGCCGCUUCCUGCGGGAGACGCUCCCCUCUGGCAUUUAGCUCAAAGCGGUUUGGCGGUAGACUCAGCAGAAUCAACGUUGAUGGCGGCUGCUGCACCAGCAGCAGGAACCGACCCCCUACACGUUAAGCCGCACGUCGCUGCCGCUAGAUGCAUGGACACAGGGUUCUUGCCGCUCUUGCUCAUGGAUAGUGGCGUCUUGCUAGAAGACGAGACGCUGCAGAUUGGUGUUCAAUGCACAGUAAAAGGCCUCUCGGGUCGCAUGAGCCUCUACUUCGGGAACAAGCGGAGCAGCAUGCUGCAACAGUUCUCGUGCGAACUGCUGCUGCCACGCGAAGGGGGGCUGCUGCUGCGCCCUGAGGACCAACCGCAGCAGUUGCAGCACUUGAAGGGAAGGGAGCAGGUGGCUUAUCACUUGUUGCUGCAGUGCGUCGAACCCUUUGACUACUGCCCUAUGAUGCGCAUCUCCUUUCUAAUGCCAGAUGCAACGCCUUGGUACCGAGAGGUGGCCCUCCCUGUCUCCCUCUCACGCUUCGUUGAGGGCUACCCCAUGCCAGCAGACGACUUCUUUGACACCUGGAAUCUGCAGGAAUUUGCGCUGAACGAGACGGCUUGCGUGCUCAGCAUACACCCCGUACUCCAAGGCUCAAUGCUUGCACUCGUGCGGCGUCUGCAGCUCACAGGCACGAAGUUGGCGCAGCAGUCAGAACGUGUUGCUGGCUUGAAAUCAAUUACCACAUGGCGAAAUUCCGAUUCACCUGGCGACAUUCUUUUCCCCGUUGUUCAGGGUGGGGCCUUGUCUCUGUGCACGACGGCGGGGGAGGGCCAGGCGCAGGCAGUCUCCGUGGCAGGGAGCUUGCCGCGAGCUUCGGCUCAGAGAAUCCAACAGCUGGAGUUGGGUGUCGGCAGGCAGCAGGGACGAGGCCGACUGGCAGUAAGGGCCAGUGAUAGCGUUUUAAGUUCGGCUAUCCGCUCUGAGCUACGCUUUCUCCCUACGACUGGGAUAUCUCCGAGUACGAGUCCCCCGGAGGUAACUCCGGCGGCUAUAGGGCCACUUUUCGUGCGGGAUCCCUAUGAGCAGCUACCGGAAGUAGAGCCAAACGGCACUGACACCGACAACAGCAGUAGCACCUACAACAGCGACCCUUGCGGCAGCCAGGAGCCUUACCUCAUCGUGACUGACCCAAGCACAGGACAGCCUAUCGGCCGCACACCCAACCUGGGAGCUCCGUGGGUGCGUGCUUCGAUAGCGUAUGCGGCUCAGGCUCAACCUUCUUGGGGAUCUGCAUCAGUCCUUGCGCGGAGCAACUUGUUACUGCGCUGGAAUGCAGUUAUAGAGGAGCAGAAAGAAUUGCUGGCCGCCCUCAUCACUGCGGAAACGGGAAAGCCGAUACCAGAGAGUCGUCAGGAGGUAAUGUAUGCUGCUUCUUACAUCCGCUGGUGUGCAGAGGAGGCCCGGCGGCUCAACGGCUUGACGAUUCCCUCAGCGGAUGGCAGCAAGCUGCAGUACACUGUGAAAGAGCCCAUAGGAGUCUGUGCGCUCAUCACCCCAUUCAACUUCCCCUUAGCGAUGCUCGCAAGGAAGGCAGCAGCGGCGCUGGCAGCAGGCAAUGCCUGCACUGCCAGGCCGUCUGAAGCAGCUCCCCUCUCGGGACUGGCACUGGCUGCAAGUGCUAGGGAGGCCGGCCUCCCUGCUGGUCUGUUCAAUGUGGUUCCGUCAUGCAGAAAAGGCGGCAUCAUUUUUGGGCAGGAAAUAGCUGCGAGCAGUUCCGUCGAUCUGCUCUCCUUCACCGGCUCAACAAUCGUGGGCCGACAGCUGUACAGGCAGUGUGCAGGGACUGUGAAACGGAUCCUUUUGGAGUUAGGAGGCAACGCCCCUUUUGUUGUCUUUGAAGAUGCAAACAUCAAGGAUGCAGUAUUGGGCCUCCUGGCCGCUAAGCUAAGGUGCGCGGGGCAAGCGUGUGUUAGUGCCAACCGGGUGUAUGUACACCGCAGCAUCUUUGGGCAGUUUGCGAAACACGUAACAAAGCUCUUUUCGGAGCAAGAGGUCGGCAGCGGCAGGAAGCAUGGGGUAUCUGUGGGGCCUUUGAUCAGUAAUGAUGCAGUGGAAAGGGUGGAGAGCAUUAUCUACGACGCUGUCGACAAUGGAGCCCGCCUUUUGCUUGGGGGAGGGCGCGCAAAGAACCUGGGGGAUCUUCAAUAUGGCCAUUUCUUUGAGAUAACGGUUAUGGACUGCUGCAACGUCGCGCCACACGCAAGAGUGAGACACGAGGAGCUGUUCGCGCCGGUCGUCUGUCUGUAUGCCUUUGAUUCAGAAGAUGAGGUGGCAGCUCUGUGCAAUGACACGGAGGCAGGGUUGGCUGCGUACUUCUACACACAGAAUGUCGCGCGGGCGCAUCGCUUUGCUAGACGCUUAAAGUGUGGCAUGGUCGGGGUCAACACGGGGAUGAUAUCCUCAUGUGAAGUGCCUUUUGGGGGGUGCAAAUCAUCCGGCUUUGGAAGGGAGGGCUCUGUCUUUGCCCUCGACGAUUACACAAACACAAAGGUUAUUGCUAUUAGUGGGCACUGA